GUUUUCAUUCACUUCAGUUCAAUAUUUGAUUGACAGUUAAUUACGAAGUUGAUUAGACCAAUUAAUUAAUAACAAAAAAAAAUGAAUUCGAUUGUUUUAAUUAGUCUCUUGUGUCUUUCUGUCACAUCAUCAGCUUCACAUCUUGGACAUUUCCAUGAAAAUCAAAUUUCCUUAUUCAAUAAAGAUGCUCCUGGACCAAUUGGUGACUUAAUCAUUAAAGUUGUUACAUCUUUAGUCGUACAAUCUGAGCAACUUUUCCCAGGUUGGAAUGAGACCAAAUCACUCGAAGAGAAUCUCGAAAACAUAAUAGACGCUCCAUUGAGAGUCGACGGAGUACCAGCCUGGGAUCCUGAUGCAACAGUCGAGGAAAAUUUAGUCGCUGGAAUAAGCUUCUUAUUAACCAUUAUUCCACUUCCAGAAAAUGACCGAAGCAAAACUAUCGCUGAAAACGUUGCUAAUCUCAUCAAUGAUGCUUUCGCCUUAAUCCCAUUUCCAGCUAUUCCAAUCGUAAUCACAAGGCAACAAGUUAAGCAAAAAGUCACUGAUCUGAUCAAGCAAAUCCUUGCUUACAUACCAGGAUUGGAUGUAAAUAAAACACUUCAAGCAAAUGUUAGAUCUUAUGUAAAGGAGAUUCUCAAAAUCGCCAAAGGAAUCGACUCUUCAAAAACAUUGAUUGAAAAUAUUAACAUUGCAAUUGAAACAACUCUUGAUCAAAUUAAAUUAUCAGGUUUCAAUCCGGAUAAAACUCUUGAUGCCAAUGUUAUUGACGUUUUAACUGAUUUUUUUACUCGAUUACCAUUUUAAAGAUUAAUUGUUGUACCAAUCAGUUGAUUGUAAUCAACAAUUGAUAAACUGAAAAAGUAAAUGAAUUAAAAAGAAAUCAUUUUAAUUGCUACAAAAA